AUGAGGGUCUAUCGGCGAGCAAUGGAAAACGCACUUAUCUUGGACUGGCUUCCGGAGUUAGACGAUGUUGAUGAGAGUUUGAAGCAGAGAUUGAUAGGUUAUGUCGAAGCGGAGCUAGGUGGGGUGGAUACGAGUGUAAUACAUCCAAUGGCCGAGCGCAUUGUUCAGGUGCGUGAGCCUAAGUCAGCCAAGGUUUUUGGGGAAAAGUUGUUGCAUGCUUUGAGUUUUGAGAAAAAUGGGGCAGAGGAAAUCGGCUGGUCUCAUGCUGAUGGCAAAUCCCUCAAACACAGAGGAGAUGAACUGGUUGCGGCACGAAAGAGGUUGUGCCCUGGAAUACGAAAUGAAAGAUAUGUGGUCAGCGAUGAAUUGAAUUUGGAGGACCUCAAAGCCGCAGCAGCAUACGCGCGACAUCAGGAACUGGCGCUUGAAAGGUUGGUUGCGAGGACAAUGGACGCACAAUGGGGCGUGAACAAUACGUACAUUGAAAACGCAUGCGAAGUGAUAAAAGGUAUCACAGCAACGCAAAAUGGCCAGAUAAGCGAUUUGAAUGCGUACCGGCGCACGCUUCAGGAGCAAGAGAAACUCAAACUCGCAUAUUUGGAUCAGCAAUGGAAGGAGACGUUAGUCCGCAAUGUGGAAAAACGGCUAGGUGCGGGCAGCUAG